AUGUUGCCAGUACAGGGACAAGCAGAGAUCAUCCACAAGGUCUGUGGGGCCUUGGAUAAGUAUGAAUCCAAGCUCAGUGAGAUCAAUCAAAAGAUCUGGUCCAACCCCGAGCUGGCAUUCAAGGAGUAUAACGCCCACGACAAUAUCUGCGAGUUUUUCGAGUCGCUCGGAGCUGGAUACGAGGUUCAUAGAAAGGCUUAUGGGGUUGAGACGGCACUCGAGGUGAUCUAUAGCCGUGGCGAGGGUGGGCGUACCGUUGCUUUCAAUGCAGAAUACGAUGCCCUUCCAGGCAUGGGACAUGCAUGUGGACAUAAUCUGAUCGCUACAAGUUCGAUUGCGGCCUUCCUAGCUACCUGCGAGGCAAUGAGUACUUUGUACUCCGAUGGAAUUGGGUAUUCAGUUCGGCUGCUGGGGACUCCUGCCGAGGAGGGUGGUGGUGGAAAGCUCCUGCUCAUCAACGCGGGAGCAUACAAAGAUGUGGACGCAUGCUUCAUGGUCCAUCCAUUCCCGGUGCUGUCCGGCGCCCCGGGUCUUAUCAGCUCGAGUUCCUGCACCGGGAUGUAUCUUGCGAAUGACAAGGUUCAGGUGACGUUUACUGGUAAACCGGCGCAUGCUUCGGCUGCUCCGUGGGAGGGCAUCAAUGCUCUAGAUGCUGUGGUGUCUGCCUAUGUCAAUAUUUCCAUGCUCCGACAGCAGAUCUUGCCUACGCAAAAGAUUCAUGGGGUUAUUUCGCGAGGUGGAGAUAGACCGAAUGUUAUUCCUGCCUCUACGACGGUUGAAUACUAUAUUCGAUCAGAGACUGCAAAAACGCUGAAACCAUUGACUGAGAAAGUGCUCAAAUGCUUUGAGGCUGCUGCGAUUGCUACUGGCUGCACGGUGGAAUACGAAUGGGAGGCCUCCUAUAAAGACAUGAAAAUCAAUAAGCCUAUUUGUGACAGCUACGUCUCUGCUAUGACCGCUAUGGGCCACAGCACCAUUUUCGAUGCUGCAGGGCAGGUGGGUGGUCUUAGCGGAGGAUCAACUGAUAUGGGCAACGUCUCAUAUGAAGUACCUGGCUUCCACGGUGGAUUCUAUAUUCACGCUGAUGGUGUCAACCAUACGCCACAAUUUACCGCCGGGGCUGGAUCUGAAGAAGGGUUCAAGCGUAGUUUGCACUGUGCAGCUGGAAUGGCCGUGGUGGCGUGCAGAGCUUUAGUCGAUGAAAGUUUCGCCACUGCCAUCAACUCGGACUUUGAGAAGGUUUAG